GCAAUGGAGCUUUGAAUAUAUACUUGCUAAAUUAAAAAGUUCAAGAAAGUGUAGAUGGCUACAUUUGGGGAUAUUGGGGUAGCAGCAGCAAUAAAUAUCAUUAGUGCAUUCGUUUUCCUUAUAGCUUUUGCUAUCCUACGCCUUCAACCUGUGAAUGAUAGAGUAUACUUUCCAAAAUGGUAUAUCAAGGGUUUAAGAACAAGCCGUACAGCCUCAGGGGCAUUUGUAAAAAAGUUUGUUAAUUUGGAUUAUCGAUCAUAUAUAAAGUUUCUUAAUUGGGUGCCUGAUGCACUAACAAUGCCUGAAUCCGAGCUCAUUGAUCAUGCCGGUUUAGAUUCGGCUGUGUAUUUGAGGAUUUAUUUGUUAGGGUUAAAAAUAUUUGUUCCCAUAUUCUUGCUAACGUGGGCUAUUUUAAUACCGGUUAAUUGGACAAACAACACACUUGAGCGCUCUAAAGAAACUUUUAGUCAAAUUGAUAAGCUUUCUAUAUCUAACAUCCCGCAUGGAUCUCCAAGGUUUUGGGCUCAUGUAGCAAUGGCAUACAUUGUUACGAUUUGGACGUGCUUUAUGUUGAAAAAGGAGUAUGAGACAAUUGCAAAUAUGCGGUUUUACUUUCUUCAAUCAGAAAAACCCCGAGCUGAUCAAUUUACGGUUCUUGUGAAGAACGUUCCGCGAGAUGCUGAUGAGACACUCAGCGAGACUGUACAACACUUUUUUUUAGUGAACCAUCACGAUAACUAUCUCACCCAUCAGGUCGUUUGUAAUGCAAACAAGCUUGCAAAACUGGUUAAGAAGAAACAAAAGAAACAAAACUGGCUCGAUUACUACCAGAUUAAGUUCUCAAAGAAUCCGUUAAAACGACCAAAGAUGAAGACUGGUUUUCAUGGAUUUUGGGGAGCAAAAGUUGAUGCUAUUGAGUAUCACGAAGCAGAAAUUGAGAAACUUUCAAACGAAAUAGCCGAAGAGAGAAAAAAUGUGGUGAAUAACCCAAAAGCGAUCAUGCCAGCGGCCUUUGUCUCCUUCAAAACUCGUUGGGGAGCCGCUGUUUGUGCUCAAACACAACAAGCUAGAAACCCGACUUUGUGGUUGACCGAUUGGGCUCCCGAGCCACGUGACGUAUACUGGAAAAACCUCGCGAUACCUUACGUCUCUUUGACCAUCCGGAAGGUUUUAAUGGGUGUCGCGUUCUUUUUUCUCACUUUCUUUUUUAUGAUCCCGAUCACAUUUGUGCAAUCACUUGCAAACAUUGAAGGCAUCGAGAAGGCUGUACCAUUCCUUAAACCUAUAAUCGAUGUCAAACCAAUCAAGUCAUUUAUCCAAGGUUUUCUACCGGGAAUCAUGUUGAAGAUCUUCCUCAUGCUACUACCAAGACUCUUGAUGUUGAUGUCAAAAUUUGAAGGAUAUUUUAGUAUAUCGCGACUCGAGAGAAGAUCCGCAUCAAGAUAUUAUCUUUUCAAAAUUGUAAACGUCUUUCUCGGUAGCAUUAUCACCGGGGCUGCAUUCGAACAACUCAAUACAUUUCUACAUCAGUCAGCAAAUCGGAUUCCGGAGACGAUUGGAAUCGCGAUUCCGAUGAAAGCAACAUUCUUUAUAACGUAUAUAAUGGUUGAUGGAUGGAGUGGUACUGCUGGAGAGAUUUUACGGUUGAAGGCGUUAAUAAUCUAUCACUUGAAGAACCUUUUUUUAGUUAAAACCGAAAGAGAUCGAGAGAAGGCUAUGAAUCCUGGAAGUAUUGGUUUCAACACUGGAGAACCCCAAAUACAAUUCUAUUUCCUCAUUGGUCUUGUUUAUGCUGUUGUGACACCGCUUCUAAUUCCGUUUAUCUUGGUUUUCUUCUGCCUAGCAUUUGUUAUCUACCGUCAUCAGAUAAUAAACGUAUACAACCCAAAAUACGAAAGCCGAGCGGCUUUUUGGCCUGAUGUCCAUGGACGCGUGAUCACAGCCUUGAUUAUAUCACAAAUACUUUUAAUGGGUUUGUUGAGUACAAAACAUGCUGUUGCUUCCACCCCAGUUCUCCUUGCACUUCCAAUUCUCACUAUCGGGUUUCAUAUCUAUUGUAAAGGCCGGUUUGAACCCGCGUUUACAAGAUACCCUUUACAGGAAGCUAUGAAUAAGGACACUCUUGACCAAGUAAGGGAACCGAAUCUAAAAGGGAAUCUAAAAGGGUACCUUGAGAAAGCUUACUUGCAUCCUGUUUUCAAGGAUGAGGAUUAUGAAGAUCACUAUGAUGAUGGGAGUUUGGUCAUGCCCACCAAAAGACGGGCCCGAAGAAAUACACCUGGCACUAGCAGAACGGGCGGUGGUUUGGGACCGUUGCCCCCGGGGAUCAUUCUAGAAGAGCACAAGCCAUAAAUGAGUUUUCCAUAUAGAGGUUGUGUGAAGGGCAAUGUGGUCUUUUAAAUUGUGUAGAAACAAUGGAUGUAAGAUUGGAAUUGAG